AUGGGCAAGGGCACCGAACCAGUCGUCCUCAGCGAGCCGCUGCCCAAGUGCGUCGUGUUCGACCUCGACUACACCCUGUGGCCGUGCUGGUGCGACACGCACGUGACGCCGCCGCUCAAGCGCCGAGGCGACGACGUCAACCAGGUGUACGACCGCCACGGCGACCCGCUCUCGUUCUACCCGGACGUGCCCGGCAUCCUCCUCCAGCUGCACCGCAGCAAGAUCCACGUCGCCGCCGCGUCACGCACCCACGCCCCAAAGGUCGCACGCCAGAUCCUCGACCAGCUCCUCGUUCCCGGCUCGCUCAACGACGGCGGCGGCAAAGACCCGCUCAACGCGCGCAAGGACAAGGGCGACACAGUGUCGGCCAUCAAGCUGUUUGACUUGAUGGAGAUCUACCCGGGCUCUAAGAUGGAGCACUUCCGCGAGCUCAACCGCAAGACGGGCAUCGCUUUCGAGGACAUGCUCUUCUUCGACGACGAGUCGCGCAACCGCGAGGUCACCAAGCUCGGCGUCACCUUUGUCCUCGUCCCGAACGGUGGCACGACGCGUGCGCUGUUCGAGUCUGGGCUCGAGGCGUGGAGGAAGAGCUGGUCGGACCGGCGGACCGAGUAGAUUGCGAGGUGGCUGAGCGUUCCCGCGAGCGAGACAGAGCCUCGAGACGUGCAUAGACUGUAUAUAGA